CUAUAAAUAGAAAAGAAAAAUAUUUUAUUUCUGUUUCAUUUUUAUCAGUAUUUGAAGACGAAAUAUUCUAAUGUAUAUUGAAUUAUCAGAGUUAACAUGAUAAAACUGUGCCUGAAUGAGAACUUUGUUGUGAUUUAUUUGACAAGAAAAACUUGACAAACUUUAAACAUGGUGCAACAUAAAGUGUUUCUUGUACAUCACAGUGUUGAUAUUGAAGUUAUAAAGAGAUAUAUAAUAGAUCCACUGGAGAGCCUGGAAUCUCAUCAUAAUUUGAAAGUGACCUGUGUCUAUGAUAGUAGCCAUUUUACAGCUGGAAAAACUAUUUUAGGAAAUAUUUCAGAUUGUGUUAAAGAAUGUAGCAACAUAUUUGUUGUUCUCACUAAGACAGCAUUAGACAGAAACUGGGUAAAAUAUGAAACUCUACUAGCACUGGAGAAGUCUCAACAAGAGGGAAGACUCUGUAUAACAUUAAUUCUCUUUGAUGUUGAUCCUCAGUGUGCACAGGAUGCUGGAUUUGGACUUCUAACAAAUGCAAUGAUGAUUCAUGUUGAACCAAAUAGAAAUGAUUUUGAAAAUAUUCUUCUGAAACGGCUCAUACAGGAAAUAAGAGAGCCAAGACCACUUCAGCCAGUAAGGAUAGCAGUAAAUCUGUCAGUUGGGCAAGCAUGGAGUCAUUAUACUGGAUAUGCUAAAAUAGUGCUGCCAGAGUUAAAACAGAGAAUAUGUACAAGUAAAUGGUUCAUUGAGAACAGAGGCAGAUUUCCUGUGAUGGAGUUUAAUCUUAUUCCACACACUGCAAAAACUGUACGCUAUUUGUACGAGUUAAAUUCAUCUAUUAAGUAUGAAGGUGAUUUAGAUGAGAUAAAAGCUGAUAGAGGGAGUUUCAAGGGUAGACCUUAUAAAGUACCUGUCUACUCUAUUGAAGAUCCUGAAGAGAAGCAGAGGUAUUAUUUUGUGGCCCAGAUUCCAAACUCAUUGAGUAUUUUGAACAAGCUAGAAACCCAGUCAAUAUCUGACGAUGGACAGGUUCCAAAAUUCACCAUAUCAAGUGGAGAGAGAUGUUUACAGGUAGCAAGGUUUUACUUCAUCUACAACAGGCUUGUGAAUCACCCAGAAAAUCUGUCAUGUAAUGACAUGAUCACGCUUGUACAUUAUAAAGAUGAUUGCAGUGUUGAUCAACUACUACUGAAGGCUGUUAAGGAAGUAUGUUCAACACAGACUAACUUGCAACAAGCAACACAGGAAUUGGAGAAAGUUUCAAUAAAGAGUAGACCAGAGGCUGAUAGCUGCAGCGAUUUCCAGAAUACUGUAUAUAUAGACUUUCAUCAGGACUGCAGUAAAGAUGUGGAAACAGGACACAGUGUGACGGAAUUUCUUCACAGACAUAAUAUAAAAGUAUGGGACAAUAAACGUCCUGGGAAGACAGAUUUGGACAAUUUGAAAUGUGCAUUAAAUGAGUCAAAGUGGUGUGUCUUUGUGAUAUCAUCUGAAGCAUUACAUAAAGAAGAUUUUAGAUUGUUAAUGUUUAGAUGUAGAGCUGCAAUGCACAGGAGUAUUUUUGAAAAUGAGCUUCGAUUAAUACCUGUGGUUGAUGAGAUAACAGAAGAGGAUAUCCCACGUGAUAUCUGUGCCGUAACAUAUCUCAGCAAGCAGGAACCUAAUUAUCUCCACAAACUUCUAAAUAUCAUCAAAUGUGGAAGUAUAAAGAUAGAAGGGAAAGUAAGUGGAAGAGAUGUUCAUCAAGGUCUAGCAUGGGCAUAUGUUCUCAAUUACCUUCAAGUUACUCUCAAAGAUCACAUUGAGAGACUUAAACAGAUCAGGGAGAACUAUCCUAAAGAUCAUGUCUACACAAAGUUGUUUAUCAUUGUGCCAAGUUCUUGUGCUACUAAAUCACUGGGGGCUCUAGAUAAAGAUGAAAAUGGUCAUCAAAUUGAUGAAAGAUUUAAACAGCUUCCUGAAAUACAUUUCAUCAAUAAAGCAGUUGGGGGUGUUAACAGACCAUAUCAGUUAAUUCCUUACAAAUUACAGACUGAUGACAUGACAUAUAUAGUUGCUGUUGAAUAUCCAAAUGCUGUUUUAUGUCUGAAAGAAAUGUCUGAAAUGUCUUUUGUGUCCGGGUUAGAACAGCAACAUCUUCAUGAUGAAGCCUGGAAAUUCAAAGAGCUGGCACAGAACAUUAUUGACACUACACCUAGCGUUCAAAAUAAAGCAAAAUUGUUGUACUAUGAUGAUAGUAGACUUACAGUGGCUGAUGCAAUGCUUGAAGUACUGAGAGAUGAAGCCAUGAACUUUAUCCUAUGAUAGGUUGUAAGUGUGUUGAGUUGAACCCAUAGACUACAAUUAGGAAAUUUUAGCUCAUCUGUGAUAAAAGAUUAAAGAUCAAGACAUAAACUGUUUGUCAUGAUACAACAUUGUAGAUGAAUUCAUAAACUUAUAUAUUAUAUUACUGUUGUGUACUAUAAAUGAACAUAUAGAUAUGUUAUAAGUCAUGUCAUGUGAGAUGAAUUCAUAAACUUGUGCUGUGAUUCAUGUGUUAUGGAAUAAAUUAUGAACUGUGUGCUAUUAAACAUGUGCUUGUUAAAAUAGAUGAAUUUAUAAAUUUUCUACUAUUAUACAGUCCUGUAUUCUGAGGUGAAUUCAUAAACUUUGUGCUAUGUUUGAUGUGUCCUAAAAUAAAUUCAUGGAAUAAUGAA